AGUGGUCCAGCCCCUCAGAAUCUGAAAAGCAUCACAGGAGCCUCUGGAUAAAGACCAGCCUCAGAAGCAAGGAGACAGAGGAUUUCUGUUCAGUGAUAAAACAUGAAACAGAUGUGAGGAAGCAGCAUGGAGCUCAAGAGAGGAAAGACCUUCAUAAAAUCCAGUGUGCAACAUGAGAAAGUGCCACCAGGGCAUACAGCUCCUACCAACAAAGAUGAGAUGGGGAAAGACAAAAAGGCAGCUGCAGAGGGAAACCAAAGUGUGGCCGAAGUCCAGCUGGCAUGUUUGGCCACACACAAGAGCUACAGAUUUUCUACCAGAGCAACAAAGAAUGGAGCUGGUGACCACAGCCUGGAAAAAUCAUCUGGGUCCUCCUACAAACUUGUAAGGAAGAGUAAAACCCACGAGUGCGUUGCUGAGGCAGACAAAGCAGGGCACUGCAGCCCCAGCAGCAGGGCGUGUGAGGAGGGGUUUUCUGGAAAGGGUAAGGGCAGACUUGUCAACAGCAUCAGCUUUUCAGGGAUGUCCAGCUCCAGCAGUAAGAAGGAGUGUGUGGUCAGCCCCAGCCAGUCUGCCUGCAGCAGUCAGAUGAUUGAUUAUAGGAACUUUGUGCCACAGAUGCCUUUUGUACCAGCUGUCGCAAAAACCAUUCCCAGGAAGAGGAUUUCCCUCAAGAGAUCUAAGAAAGGGCUCAGAGAUAUAUUUCAUAUAAGAAAAAAUAAGCCAGACAGCCUCACAUUUCUGGUUGAGAAGGACAAGAACCUGUCCUCGCCAGGUUGCAAGAGUGAGUUGCCUGGGCGUCUUGCAAAGUAUCUUUUCAAAACUGGAGAAACAUUUGCAGCUGAUUGUUUGUCACAGGACUGCUCAGACAGUGAACUGCAGUCUGACUCCUCCUAUGACUGCUGCAAUGCCCUGUGUGAAGAUGUUGCCUCCCUGAAGAGCUUUGACUCCCUCACCGGCUGUGGGGAAAUCUUUGCUGAUGAGAGCUCUGCUCACCUGGAGCUGGAGAACAGCAAAGACCUUCUGCUGAGGCGAAGCAAGCACAAAGACAGCCCUGUCAUGGGCUCUUUCCAAGGGGGGGUGGAGCAGCUGGCCUCUCCUGGCCAGAAUGAGACUGUGGAAUUUGCAAAGUUUUGGGACAACAUCAACAAAUCAGUACGGCUACAUCAGAGUGCUCUGUUUGAAAAGAAGCUGCUGAAGAUACCUGGUUCUGACACAGAAAAGAUUAAAAGUCAGGCUGCCAUACUGGUGACAAGCCCCCAGGUGUCACCUGAUAAAGAAGGAGACAAUUCCAAAGACAGCUCCACAGAAACAGAAACACCGAAAAGUGAAAACCAGGAAUCCACAUCCACAAGCGAUGAAGGCUACUAUGAUUCCUUCUCUCCUGGACAAGAUGAUGAACUGAAGGAAGCUCAGACCCCUGGUGUCCCAGGUAGAUUUCCAAGAGACAGCUACAGUGGAGAUGCCCUUUAUGAGCUAUUCUAUGACCCAAAUGAAGUCAAAACAAACCCAGUCCUUGAUGAUGACUUGUGCACAUCAGAAACUGUUUCAGAGCAAGCCAUUGAGAUCCCUCUGUCCAUUUACAGCUUUCACGUUGGAGCUGAGGAGAACAUGGCUUCCCAACCAACUCUAGACAUUAUCAGCCAGGGGUUUUUCCACAGCUCGUGGAAAGGCAAAGAAUGCUUGCUAAAGCUCUGUGAUACUGAGCUCUCACUGACUAUGGGGAUUAUAAACUGGCUGCGAAAACACUCAGGACUCAUGUCCUCCCCUGACUCUCUUCAGAGUCCUCAAUCACAGCCAGAAAAGUCCAAUGAUUCAUCAGUCCUGCCCAGUCCCAGUCCAGAGCAGGAACUGAGCACAGAAGCUCAGCAGGAGAAACCAAGCAAGGAAGAUUCUAAUGCAUUUAAUGUAUGUGUGUCUUUGGAUGAAAGCAAAUACACAGCCCAGGCCUCUUCAGUAAACACUGCUGAAAGAGGCCACAGCCUGGACUCCUGCCCAAACACAUCUAACCUGGAUUUCCAAGGAAGAGAAGGGAGUCACCACAAGGAUUUUUCUACAGUGCCUGGGACUGUGGAAACCACCAGAUCAUCAAGUUAUGCACCACAAUCACAGGCUAACGGAGGCAACCUGCAGACAUCUUCAACUGACAACGAGAAGGUGGCAAUUUCAUUGGGAUGUGAGACAUCUGGAGCUAAAAACCCACUGCCAGAAAAGCUGAACAGAGAGAAUGGCUCCCAGAGCUCUGAAAAUCCUUCAUUAGAUGAUAAUCACGAAGUAGAAUCAUGUUACUCCUACAAGACUGCUGCAACCUCACUCCUAGAUCCCCUUGAGAGGGAGGACAGAAACAAGCCAGUGUAUCACUCUCUCUCUAUUUCCUGUGACAAACCACCGCAGCCUCUCACCCUCAGACACUUCCAGAGCUACAUUAGCCCCACACCAACAGAGAGCAGCACUAACAUAGUGCAGCUCUUAGAGCACUGUGUAACACAGGUGGCAUCAUUAAAAAUCAGCUAUGAAAACAAGCAGCUGGAGGACAAAUACAUCGGGAAUGAAAUGAACAGUAUCAUUCAUAAGAUGUCUCGGUACAAAAACAAGUUAUUGUUGCAAAAUGAAUGCAGCUGCAGUGCUCAAAAUCCAGAAUACACCAGUAUUCCUAGCACAAACCAAUAUAACUACGAGACCAGUUUACAAUCCAGCAGUCUGUAUUUGAAGCAAAAUGGGGAGCAAAUUUGCUCUGAAGAUCAGAAAAGUAAAGCAAAAAUCCUCGAUGAGGUCACUGGAAGCAAGAUAAAUUUUGAAUAUGCCCAGCUAGAUAAUCAAGCACUCUCCUAUUUAAAGGACUUCAGUCUCAGCCCAAGUGACUCUGCCCCUGCGACAUCUCUUAGCAGACCAACGUUUUUACCUCUCUUUAGCUCUGUCUGCUCAGACAUACCUGCCACGUUCUCAGGCAGCACUGCUGUCUCUGUAGCUGACUCGCUGCAGCUCCAGGAGGCCAAGCAGUGCAGCUCAGGGCCCUGGGCUUACACAGAGACCCCCUGCCAGGGCCUGGCUGGAAGAAGCGUUCUGUCCCCUCUCCUAGAGGCAGCGGCCCCGGAUGCAGCAGUGACAGCAAGGAGCCAUCAGUAACACACCUGCAUGGAGAAGGAAAUCUGCAGAUGAAAUGACUGAGCUGCUGCCUAGGAAAUUCUAAAAUGUCAGAUAUUCUACAAAGGAACUGGACUUAGCAAGGAUUACGGCUUCAGGAAUGACAGGCUGCAGAGCCCUCUGGCAGUGCCGGGCACACCGUGAGGACCCCAAAAUCCCGCUCCCAGACCCCCCUCUCAGCCCGCCGCCCUCCUGCUGCUCGGCUGCGCCGCCUCCUGCUCGCCGGCUCCAGCACAGGCUGCUGCGGGAACGAGCCACCGGCGCAAGGAAUACAGCGCUGAAGAACUUCCCCGCACUGCCUGAGGCCAGGCCGGGGACACGGCAGCCCGUGCCUGGUGACACAGCUGUGAACAGGAUGCGUGAAUACUGGAACGCCGCACUGUCUACAUCCUUUCUGGACCCUUGGGAGGGCCGACGUGCUCACAGGUGUUUUCAGAUUUUGGUUACAGGCACAGUUUAGGGUUCACGGCAAUUCAGAUCAUCAGGUUAGAUCUGCACCAUGGACAUUUCUCACAAUUGCUACCAGAGCCACUGUCCUUGUCCUCUGGGCUGUCAAACAGCAAGUUCCAGGGCCCAGAGCAGGAAACACACAUUAAAAACUUCCCUGUCCUGUUGCCAACUCUGAUGCUGACAUGGAGUGUUUUGAAUAAGCACAUCACCACCCUGAGUCUUUUACUUACCUCACUGUAAACUGGAUAGAACAUUUAUUUCUCCAGGGUGACAGGGCUUGGGUGUAACUUUUCACCGCAGAUGGGGCCUUAGAGAACUGCAAACUAUGUUACUUCAAAAAACUGACAGAAACACCUCUCUGAGGACGGCACAGACUGGGAGCUUGCAGUGUACAUUCAACAGAAAGAAGCACAGCAAUCCAAACAAUUCCAUAAGACCUUUACACUGAGCAGCUUUUCAUAUAAUUUUUUUCCAGACACAUUCUAAACCUCUUUGUUUUUUUUCCAGGAACUGCCAACAUUCAGGUUACAUGGUGAUUUUCAGGUGCCAAAACUCUCAUUUUUGCCAAGCAUCCUGAAUGACUUGGGCAUAGCAAAGAAACUGAGCUUCUUAGCAAAAAGCUUAGGCACGACACAACUUGGGAGUCAACUUGAUAAACUCCUCACUGCAGGCGACCUGGCCUCAUCAACCCUGGCUACAAAGCCCAACUACAAAAUACAUCUAUUAUGUAAAAAUUCUGCAGCUUGGACCCCGAAGCCUGAGGCUGCUCCAGCAGAGCCACAGAGGGGACGUACCCAGGGCCCAGAGCUGGAGCUCGGCCGCGAGGUGUCAGCGCUCCCCCGGCAGUGCUGGGCUUGGGCUCCGCGGGGAAAAUCCCUGGAGCGUCAGAAAGGGACACGAUCCACAGCUCCUGACAGCACUGCACAGUGCAGGAGGUCCAAACCGGUCCAUCGGUCCCUUCUAACCCCUGGAAAAACCUCCAGAUCAAGGAAAAUAAACUGUAGCAAGUUCAUGAAUAUCACAAAUUCCUGUGCUGACCUGCCAAAUACUGCUGCAGUAUUUGUGUUUGGGAUUCUCAGAGGAUUAGGCCUCCUCCCUGAUUGGGAAGCAUGCCUGGGUCGGUGGAGCAGGCAGGAAUGCAGAUAUUCCCAGCAGCUGGAUCAUGAGCACAAACUAGGGAGCCAUUUCUGCUACUGCCUAGGGACACUGACAGGCUGGUUGUGUAUAGGAGACCCAAAGCAUCAGUGUCUGAGUAACAAAAACCACUCGAGUAUUGCAGGAGUGCAGAGGUGUCUUCUACUUACAUUUCCACUUACAUGAAAUGUAAAUAGAAAUAGUAAGAGGGCAUUAACAAUUUUUUACUUAAGUAAGCCAUCCAUAAGCACAUUUGAAGAUUUUUCUGGUUUUAUCUUUUACUUCUUAAAAGUCACUUUCAAGUGACUUUUAUCACUUGAAUUUCUAAGCCUUGUUGCACAUCCUUUCUUCAGAGCUUUCACUGAGAACAGGGUAAGAGUGAGAUCCUGCUGAUACCCAAGUGGCUUUGGUGACCAAGUCCCCUCCCGGGGAUCCCCUGUCCCAUCCAUCAGUGUGCCGCCCUCCUCUGCCUGCCCAGUCACAGCCCUGUUGCCUGCUCCUCACAAUGGGCAGAGGUUACCAGCUGGCACGAGGGAAUCGAGAGUGCAGCAAAAGCCACACUCUGAAUUGCAUCUACAAGAACCUGUAAGUCUCAAUACACCAGAGAGGUCCAUCUCAGCUGAUCUGAUAACACUUUUUAAGAGUACCUAAGGCAGGUCCUCAGCAAGAACUGUCUGGGGGAAAAGUAGGCAUAUUCUUUCUUCUACUACUUCCCUCAACAUCUAAUCCUGCACUUCUUUACAUUAGUGCCUUCCAACCCAUGAAGUGAGUCACUUAGAUGAGCUCUAGGAAAGGACUUUGCACAGAAGAGGACACAUAAAUGACAUCAGAGGGAAAUAGAUUGAUCUGUCCAAAUCUAUUUGCUAUGUUUUAGUGACAUCGCUGUCUGAGCCAGCAGCAGAGACAGAGAUGCCACAGGAAGGGAACAGGACAGCAACAAAGAAAGGGAAUUGUAGGAGGUCUGGGCUGGCUAGGGGGGACAAUGGGAAAGCUGCAGUUGCUAGGGGAAUACUAAAGCCAAACAGAACUGAUUGCAGAUCUCCACCUUCAAUUCCUGAAGGUGAGGUUCCUCUGCAAAAAGUCUGGGAAACCAUUGUGCUGCAUCACUGGAAAGAAUUGUGAAAAAAAUACAACUACAUUUUUAGGAGUGGUGAGGGCUCUGAGGAUUGCUUGACUUAUCUCAUGGAAAUUCAGAAGCUUAAUGACAAAACUCCUGCUAAAAAGACACUUGCAGGUAGAUGGAAUAUGGGACAAAGUUAACAAGGUACCCUAGACUUGUUUGUCCUCACCAGCACAGAAGGCGCAUUUUCUCUUCCAUGAAGAGCCACUGCAUGCAGCUUAGAAGGCUGCAGUGCAACUACAUUGGGGCUUGUGAGCUGAACUUUGAGAACAGGACAAAAUGAGAGUGAGAGCAUCUGGCUGAGGAGAGGGGCACUCCUUUAAUUUCUUGUGCCACAACACAAGGCCAUGACAGCAAAUGUUCACAGCGUUUGCACUCACUGCUCUCUGAGAGUAUUCUCAGUAUGUGCUACAGCAGUAGGUAUUUAAUGAGCAUUAAGGUAAUAGAUUUACUGGAGCUCCAAGAAGAGAUGGAUUUUGAUGCUAAGCACUGCAGUGUUUUUUGACUGAAACACUGUUUACUUUGAAUCUACAAAACAGGAAAUUCUUAUGUCAUUGCUAAUCUGACCCUGGUUGCAUUCUGGUGGCAGCCAGUUUUUAUUUCUAGUUUUAGUUAUUUUCCCUCAUUCACUCAGCAACGUAUUUUAAAUAAAAACCUGAAAUAAAUAGAUGAACACAUA